AUGUUCGGUACUGAACGACGUAAAACGGGUGGGGUGAACCUGAAUGGGCGAUCUUCUAUUGCCAUCACUCCAACGAAGCGAUUUACUGAUUUUGGUGCAACAUCUGUUAGAAAAACAGACGGCCGUCCCAGUUUGAGCGUUGGUCAACUCGGACAACAAUCAUCUCGUCCAUCUAUUUUCAAAACAUCUGUGCAUGCUCCCAGAGAUGUCAAGUCGUUUCAAGCCGCAAACGCUCACAAAAUCUUCAAUUUUCUCGUAGAAUCAGAUGGAGCAGAUGCCCCAGCUGAAAGUGUGAUCAGAACUCCACGAGGAAAAAAUGAUUUCAUUGUGAUUUUCGAAUCAAUGUACCAACAUUUGAGUAAAGAUUACGAGUUUCCUCCACUCAACCAAGCUCGUAUAGAAGAAGAGGUUUCAUCGAUUUUCAAAGGUCUUGGUUAUCCAUUCCAUCUCAAGAAUAGCUAUUUUCAACCGAUGGGCGCAAGCCAUGGAUGGCCGCAUUUGUUGGAUGCUCUUGCUUGGCUGGUUGAUUUCAUAAAAAUCAACAAAUCUGUGAGUGCUGACACCCAACACAUUAUAUUCGGAGACUUCUUGGAACCAGCAAAAGUGCAAGAGAAAGCUCUGAGCUACGCAUGGUUUUCCACCACAUUCAGAGACUACACAAACGACCGAAAAUCAGCUGAAAGUUCCGAUAGCGAGUUUUGGGUCGAAACAAAAAAUAAACUGAGAAAAUAUUUCGAGGACUCGAACGAAUAUGAAGACAUGACAGCAAAUGCCCAAAGUGCUCUGCAACAACUUCGAUUUGAUUGUGAUGAAAUCGAAUCAGAAAGAGGACAAGAGCAAACAUAUGUAGAAGAUAUUGCCAGAUUGAAGGAUGAUAUUAGGAAAGCGAUGGAUUACUUUGAGUCGGUUCAACAUCUCAAAGAACGGAAAGAGAACGAGACGGCGGUGAUAAAAGAGGAACUUGAAGCAAAAGUUGCCGAGAACGAGAAGAUACAGAUGGCGGUGAACGAGCUGAAAGAGCGAAUUGAACAACAAAAACGAGUUCAUGGACUAAACGGAAAGGAAGUUCGAAAGAUGAAUCUGGAGAACAGUAAAGACAAGGAUACAGUGUCGGAUCUUCAAUCGGAACAAGAGAUGCUGUCGAAACAACUUUGGAGGCUUAGAGAUGAAAACCCGUUUAAGGACCAGAAAAUGAAAGUGAUACAAAUCGCUGAAAAUGUGACAAAAAUUCUUUCCGGACUAAACAUGCAAUUUGAACUCGAAUCAUUACGACCGCCUGAAAACGAAAAAGAGCUUCGAGCAUGUUGGGAGAUUCUAAUUGGUUCUUGGUUACCGGAGAUCAAUCGUCAGUUGCAUCAAAGAAAAUUAGAUGUGGAAACGGAAAAAUCGAGAUUCCAUCAAAAAUUUGCAGCUGCUGAGGAACGAAUUCAAAUCGAGAAUGAAGUGUUGGACGAAGUAAAAAAGAAAGAGGCUCGUGAAGAGAGAAUCCACCGAGAUGAACGCGAUGAAUGGAAGGAGGCCCGUCAAAAACAAGAGAAGCGAUACGAUGAAUUGGAGAACGAGAAAGAAAUGUUGAAGAGAAAGAUGCAGAUGGAUGGUAGCCUGGAGAAAGAAAUCAAAGCUGAAAAAGAGAAAAAAGAGAAGAUCAAGAAGGAUUUGGAGGAGAUGCAUCAAGGAUUGGAAGCCGUUUUUCGGAAAAAGCUGGAGAAAAUAGCCUCGGAGACGGCUGAAAUCGGAAAUGAGAAAACCAUGUUCCGUAUUGAAGCGAUAGAAGUUGAGAAGCUGAUCGAUCGAAAAUGCUCUAACCAAAAAGUAUAA